CUCACUAACAUGCUCCUCACCUCCGCCAUCGACUCGGUCCGCACGGCCUCUGCUCGCCGUAUCAUCGCACGCGCCGCCACCGCUAGCUCAUCGCGAUGCCUCGCAACCGCUUCAGAGGCCGCUCCAGAGGUCAAGCCCAAGCGGCGGUUCCCCAAGCUGGAUGAUGGGUUGACGUUCGAUGACUUUGUCUCCGGGGAGCCGCUGCCAGACGCUUCUGAGCGUGUCGUUCUCGGCAACACCUCGCAGGCCGCGCCUGCCCACCUUCCUCAAGCACCCUAUCCCGCGCGGCAAGUCAUACACGGCCAUCAAGAAGGACUUGCGUGGUCUUGGCUUGCACACAGUGUGCGAGGAGGCCAAGUGCCCCAACAUCGGCGAGUGCUGGGGUGGUGGCAAGGGCACCGCGACUGCGACCAUUAUGCUCAUGGGCGACACCUGCACGCGUGGAUGCCGCUUCUGCUCGAUCAAGACGUCGCGAAAGCCACCUCCUCUCGAUAUUCACGAGCCGGAGAACACAGCCGAGGCCAUCUCUCGCUGGGGACUGGGAUACAUUGUCCUGACAUCGGUUGACCGUGAUGACCUCGUCGACGGCGGUGCGGCUCACAUCGCGAGCACCAUCAGCAAGAUCAAGCACAAGGCGCCCAAGAUUCUUGUCGAGGCGCUUACACCCGACUUUGCAGGGAAGGGUGAGGAGACCAUCGCGAUGGUCGCGACAUCCGGGUUGGACGUCUUUGCACACAAUGUCGAGACGGUUGAGCGGUGUACACCGUUUGUGCGCGACCGCCGCGCCAACUUCCAGCAGUCUCUCGACGUGCUCAUGACCGCCAAGCGCGCCGCCAAAGCUGCCAACAAGGAGAUUCUCACCAAAACGUCGAUUAUGCUCGGCGUUGGCGAGCACCCGGACGAGAUCACUGAGGCACUUCAGCGUCUUCGUGACGCCGAGGUUGAUGUCGUCACGUUUGGCCAGUACAUGCGCCCAACCAAGCGCCACAUGAAGGUCGACCGCUAUGUCGAGCCUGAGGAGUUCGCCAAGUGGAAGGCGGUCGCCGAAGACAUGGGCUUCUUGUACGUCGCGUCGGGCCCGCUUGUUCGCUCGUCCUACAAGGCUGGAGAGUUCUUCAUCGAGAAUGUGCUCAAGAAGCGUCGUGCCGAGGCUGCCAAGCGGGCCACGGCCGAACUCGCUGCCGCUGGAGCUAAGGCCGACGAGGUUUCAGUCUAGACGGACCUGCCUUCGGACUCCUGGCCAAUCUCGCCUGAUUCAACUCCAUAUUUGCAUGUAGACCACUGUACACUAGGACUCGAUGCAGCCAUAUUUCGCAUA